CGGGUGUUCCAUCUGCUCGGGAUGUUCAUUAUUCAUCCACGCUGUGUUUUUUAUUUUUUGUUGUUGCAUUUUUUAGUUUCUAAUUAAAUAGUUUGAUUCUGGCGUGACGAGAACGUGAAUUAGAUAAGUAACUGAGAGGCUUUACACACGGUUAUUAGCGUUCUUAUUUUACGAACUACACACAUCCGUUUAGGCUUUUUAAAUAACUUUUAAACCUUCUAAAAGUACAAAUAAAUACCUUUAGAAAAGCGAAAUUAUUUUUCUGGUGGAGCAGUAUGCCAUUUCUUGAAAAGAAAGUAAAAGUAACACCGUGGUAUUGACAUAAAUUGGAGCAGCACCUGUCGGACGGGCUCGUGCCGCUGACGCAAACAGCCCGAGGUCUCUGGAUAAUGGGAAAGUCCCCGGCUUCAUGACGUAACGACCGCGAGAAGUCUGGAAACUGCGGAUUGAUCUCCAGCUCGGUGAUCAGGUCUGGGCAUUAGGAGUUGGAGAAGUAGCGGAUUUAAAAACUUUCUGUCUGCAAGUCUGUUCGUGGUUCUAGCGCUCCAUGAAGAGUCACUGAGUUCCAAAAGCGAAAUAAUGGCUCUUUGAACGGCGUCCUCCUUCUGCGACGUUAAGCUUGCUUUGCUCCUACAAAACAACCGAGCAAGUAUGGGGUCUACAGUUAAUUCCACAACUCUCGCCUCCAGCCAGCGCAUGGUUUGUGCUUUUGGACAACACGAUCGAAGCAGUCGGCAUGAUGGCGGCAUCGAUCCUUCGCAAGAAAAUUCCCCCCAUUUCCACAGGCGAGCUCGGCUCUCCCCCUCUCCCACAGGCUAACCAUAGCCAAUCACGGCUUAGGUCGGGGGCGGAGCCAGCGGAGAGGCAGCGCUUAAUUGGUGAUGGUCACUCUGAUUGGAUGACAGAGAAAGUUGAUUUGUCUUCAUUUGUGUCAACGAGCGAGUCUUCUCCGAGCUCAUCUCUUCCACCCUCGCCGUUAGAACAAGAUGUCAAGGUGCCCUCGGAUCUGGAGGUUAUGACCUCCCUACUGCAGGAGGAGCUGGCUCAGCUGGAGGACUACUUCCGCUCCGAGUCCACAUCCACCACAAAUAAGUUGGAGAAAUCCUCAAAAUGUGACAAGGUUUCCCAAGCCAUGGGCUCCCAGUCUUAUUAUCAGUUACCCUAUGGCUCAUACGGGACCAGCCAAUCAGAAACCAGCCCUGUGGUAGUUACCUUGGCAACAGGGGAACUGGACCUGGCCAGCUUCUGUGGUGGUCCCAUCAGCAGAACCAAAAUUGCACGGCCCGCCCCAUACAGCUACCACCACCGCUACCACCACAACAAUGGCCGUAGGAUCCUGGGCGAGUCGGUGAAAGUCGGCGACGAAGUGGGUCUGGAAACUUGGGGCUCCAGGGGAUGUUACUCAGGGAGCACAGAGUUUUCCGUGAACCACUACUCCACACUGAAGACCGUGAGCAAGAACAGCAUCGGGAGCGUGAAGAAGGUGAGAGAAUGUGCUUUAUCGUUGAAGGAGGAGGAGAGUUACUGUUUUUCCGAAGGAAUGUUUUGCAGCGAAGAGAUUGCCAGAGGUUUCUGCUUGGGUAGCUCGUUCGACGGCCACCACAAGCGAGAAGGACAGCUGAUGCACAACGUGAAGGUCAAUGUAAGUUACGACAGCGCAGGGCUUGAGGUCUUGCACUGCAGCAAGGAUGGCGGACUCUCUGGAAGUCUUCCCCAAGAGACAAUGGCGGGCGGUGACAGCUACUUCCAUCAGUCCAUGGCCAGCACGGAUCCGUACCAUAGCUUUAUAGGAGACCUAGACCAGCCGGCUCAGGCACAGGCUGUGGAGCCCCAACACGGCCACUACCUCUAUCCAGAAUGCCUUGCGGACCAAAGCUAUGAAUGUCUGUCGAGAGGGGAAGGUGAGGGACCACUGCUGGGUGCCCCCAUACAUCGCCCCACCCAGAGGUUAAAGGACGAGCCCUGCUCCAUGAAGCCAGCUCUGGUGAUGGGAGCGGGUUCCCUGGAUACCAGCAAUGGAGAAAGGAAGCAAAAGAAAAGAGACCAGAACAAAACCGCUGCUCACAGGUACAGGCUGCGUAAGAGGGCGGAGCUGGACUCUCUGGAGGAGGAGUUGCACGGACUCGAGGGACAGAACCGGGAGCUACGUGACAAGGCGGAGUCGGUGGAGCGAGAAAUCCAGUACGUCAAAGAUUUACUGAUUGAGGUGUACAAAGCUCGCAGUCAGCGGCUCAAACAGGAUGGCAGUGCCUGAAGACACCCCGUCAAACGUCCCCCAUCCUCCACUACCCCAACCUCACCCUCCUCUCACCUCAACCACCGUUCCUCCCAGCCAGCACAGAGUGAACAAUCACGCCAAGAGCACCAACUGGUUUUUGUCUCAGCACAAUUGAAAGGGUAGUUGCAUGAUCCUGAGUGUUCAUAUCCAGAAAAACAAAAAAGAGAGACAGAACAGAAAGAAACUUUGUCCUGAAAAAGAGAAGUGUGGAAGUGGGUGAGUGAACUGUGAGAAGCCUUAGUGAGGUGGCUUCGUGAGGAGAUGCCGAACUUGUCCGUGACCACUGUGAUCCGAACUGAACUCACAGCCUUGUGAUGACGCGCCGAUGGAUCGUCAUUGCUCUCUGGAUUCGUGGUAGUCAUUCGAAAUUUGCUAGUCGUUUUUUUUCGUGGCACACAUCGGCAGCAUCAAGGCAGACUCAUACUAAAUAUAUAUAUUUUAUUUUAUAAUUUUAUUUUUACCUGAUAACUUAUCGUUUGGUUAAAACAAUCAAAUGAAUAAAGGGGAUUGCUGGCGAAAGUGUGUAACAUGCUUUAUGAAUAUUCACUACUGCAGACAUUUAGAGAAUUUGUAUUGCUAAACUGUUGAGUACUUCCACCUGUCCCCCCUCCCUCUCCACUGAGAUACCCGAUGCAUGUUUGAUUUUGGAAACGCAUGUGCGAGUGUUAUUUGAAGGCAAUAUUAUGUUAACUGCAUGGCUUCAAGAUCUUCACUUCGCAUCAGUUCUCCGUCCAAUCAGCCUACGACUUUUCUCUCAUCUUGUCCCAAUUGAUGCGAUUUCCGCUCAGAUUUUUGGUUUCCUGGACGGAGAGUAAUACAUUUACCCCGCUUUUUAGGUCCCUUCCUUUUUUUACACCUCUCUAUCUGCCCCUUGACUUUAUUUUGCGGACACACAAUCACAUCGAGGCAACAAUGAUCGUUGUCGACUUCCUGGGAAUUUUGUUGUCAAUCGGCUCUAUUUAAUGUAUCUUAAGAUUCAGGUCCUUUUUUUAUUAUUGGAUGUCAAUGAAUUUCUUAUUCAUCAGGUAGAUUACAGCCAAAUAAACCAGUUAUGUGGUGUCACUCA